AUGGAUCGAGUUCUUGGGCAUGCUAAAGAAGAAUCAGUUGGCGAAGAUGUGGACUGGGAUUACUGGGGCUCUUUGAUGCAUGAUUACGAUGGUGUAGUUAAGAAGAACCCUAAACAAUUGACUUUGAUGAUACAAAAAGGCGUGCCACCAGCACUACGUGGAUUGAUCUGGCAGAUACUCGCUCAGUCCAAGAAUCCUCAACUUGAGGCGGACUAUGCGGAAUUACUCAAAGCAACAAGCUUGCAUGAGAAGCAAAUUAACCGCGAUAUGAGUCGCACAUUCCCGAACCAUGAGUAUUUUCAGGCAGAAGGGCUCGGUCAAGAAUCUUUGUUCAAUGUAGUCAAAGCUUACAGCCUCUAUGAUUCCGAAGUCGGUUACUGUCAAGGUUUAAGCUUUGUAGUUGGACCACUGCUCUUGAAUAUGCCAGAUGAGGAGGCUUUUUGCUUAUUGGUCCGUAUGAUGAAAUCAUACGACAUGAGAGGUCAUUUUACUCCUGAUAUGAGCACGCUUCAACUAAGACUCUAUCAAUUUGAGCAACUCAUGGAGGAAACGGUUCCGUUGGUCUACAAACAUUUUCAGAAUCAAGGCAUUCGAUCAACUAUGUAUGCCUCUCAAUGGUUCAUGACUCUGUUUGCAUACAAAUUUCCUCUUGAUUUAGUCUUCAGAAUCUAUGAUAUUCUCUUUGUGGAGGGGGUAGAGUCAUUGCUGCGAUUCGGAAUCGCGUUAUUGAAGGCCAAUCAUGAUCAGAUCUUGCACCAUGACUUUGAAGCACUGGUUGAUUUCUUGAAAAAUGGAUUAUUCGAGUAUUACAAGGUAACCACAACCCUUUUUGUUCAGGACGCGUUUAACGUCAAGGUGACUCCAAAGAAGCUGGCCCAGUACGCUCAAAAGCAUGCGGCCAUGAUCCAAAAGCAACAAGCAGAGAUUGCUGCUGAAGAAUCUCUCCGAGAAUCAAACCGUCAUCUCUCAGCGGAGGUUCGACGGCUAGAAGCUACAGUUCACACGCUCAAUAAGGAGCACGUUGAGCUUGCAAAGGAGCUGAUUACGCGCAAGAUGGAGAUGGCACAACUUCAGGACAAGAACGAUGUGCUAUCACAGAAAGUCAUUGAUCUAACCAAGAUUGUGGAUUCACAGGCUAAGGAAGUGGAGGACCGUCUGAAAGGUGAAAUCCAGAGUGUGAUGGAGAGGAACUUGGAGCUUACACGAAAGAACGAACAGUUGGAGGACCAGUGUGCGUCAUUGGAAAAUAUGUUGAUUGAAACGAAGAUGAAGUAUGCAGCCAGUGAAGAUCAACGAGAUGCCUUGACAAGGAAACUAGCAGAUUUAAGAAAGGCUCUUGGGGUUGUAUAG